AUGGAUAGUGCGUCAACAUUUAUAGAGGUUGAUGUGCUUGACAUCGCCAACGUUAAAUCCAAGAUGGACCAACUUGCAUUGGCGGAUGGCAACAUGACCUUUGAUCACCAUCAAAACAAGCUCAUGCAACAGGGAGAUUGUGAUGUUGGCAAUUGCCCAAACAACCUACGAGACACGAAUGAACCAACUACCCACGCAAAGUUUUACGCGAGUCUAUAG